CAGCGGGUUUUGGCAGAUGUCCCGGAGACCCGGCCCGGUUAGGAGUUCGUAGAGAUGCUGCAGCAGUGUAACGCGGAGUGGGACUGUCUAAGCCAGUUGAUGGAGUCCGGCUGUGCCGUGAAUUCCCCGGCGGACACUUUGGGACAGUCUCCGGCACACCUGGCGGCUUCUGGCGGAGAAGCCUUUUUCCUGCUUUGGCAGCUACAGACGGGAGUUGACAUCAAUCAGCAGGACUGUUUUGGAGAAGCUCCGAUUCAUAAAGCUGCACGUUCAGGAAGCUUGGAAUGUCUUAGUCUUCUUGUGGCUCGAGAUGCCAGAUUAGACACAUGUAAUAAAGAUGGAUAUACUCCAGAAGAUCUUGCCGCGUCUUGUGGAUUUUUGGAAUGCGCAAAGUAUCUUGCAACAGUAAAACAUACUCAAAAUGCAUUCUUAAGAGCUCAGUCCUCGUCCCACGAGAUGAGGGAGACAACAGCUGCUAUUAAGAGAGGCCAUUUGCCCUUAUCUGUUGCUUAUGGGAAGAGGAGGAGAUCAGACGGUUUCAUUUAAUAAGAAGCAGAGAAUAAGAUGAUUAUCCAUCUUGGCUUGGAUCUAAUACGCUUUGACAAGGAGCUCCUGAUUUAGUGGCUUAUGUUAAGCUGGAUUAUUGCGCUUCUUCUCCUUUCUCAUAGGAAGAUACAUUUUACUGAACUGGAUCUAUGUGUCCAGUCAUUUUUCUUCUACAUAAUAUGUACAGUUUUUCUAUACAAUAAAACACUUUUUGUUUA